GAAGGGAGUCGGGGUUUGGUUUUUUUGUGUGUUUUUUUUUUUUUUUUGGUCACCCCGCUCCCCCCCCCCCUCCCCCCGUCGUCACUCUGGAUUGUGCCCGGGGAGUCGGCCGGGGUUUGGGGGGGCCCGCGGCGAGAUGUACCAGAGUUUAGCCAUGGCGGCGAACCCCGGCCCCCCGGCCUACGAGGGGGCAGGUGGCUUCAUGCACAGCGCGGCCGCAGCGUCCCCCGUCUAUGUGCCCACCACGAGGGUCACCUCCAUGCUCCCCAGCCUGCCGUACCUGCAGAGCGGCGGCUCUUCCCAGCAAGGCAGCCCCGUCUCCAGCCACUCCAUCUGGACUCAACCCGGAGCCGAAAGCGCCGCUUACAACCCCGGAUCGUCCCACCCGCCCGUGUCACCUCGGUUCUCCUUCUCCACCAGCACCCCCAUCCCUGCCACCUCUUCCCGGGAGGCCGCGGCGGCUUACAGCAGCUCCUUGAGCCUUUCUGCUAACGGGAGGGAGCAGUACGGCCGGGGCUUUGGCGGCUCCUACUCCAGCCCGUACCCCGCCUACGUGAGCCCCGAAAUGGCCACCACCUGGACUUCUUCGCCCUUCGACAGCCCCAUGCUCCACAACCUGCAGAGCCGAGGGACGCCCGCGGCCGCCCGGCACGCCAACAUCGCAGAAUUUUUUGAUGACUAUUCCGAGGGGCGAGAGUGUGUCAACUGCGGGGCCAUGUCCACCCCGCUCUGGAGGAGGGACGGCACGGGGCACUACCUCUGCAAUGCCUGCGGGCUCUACCACAAGAUGAACGGCAUCAACCGGCCCUUGUUCAAACCCCAGAGGAGGCUGUCGGCCUCCCGCCGCGUUGGCCUCUCCUGUGCCAACUGCCACACGACGACGACCACGCUCUGGCGCAGAAACGCCGAGGGAGAGCCCGUCUGCAACGCCUGCGGGCUCUACAUGAAGCUCCACGGGGUUCCACGGCCUCUAGCGAUGAGAAAAGAGGGCAUUCAAACAAGGAAGCGUAAGCCGAAGAACCUUAACAAAACAAAGACGCCAGCAGGUCCAUCCAGCAGUGAGAGUCUUACCCCGACCACCAGCUCCACCAGUAGCAGCAGCAGCGCCACGACCACCGAGGAAAUGCGCCCCAUAAAAACAGAACCAGGGCUCUCAUCUCACUACGGGCACCCCAGCCCCAUUUCUCAGGCAUUCUCAGUCUCUGCCAUGUCUGGACAUGGAUCUUCAAUUCACCCUGCGAUUUCAGCCCUGAAGCUUUCCCCACAGGCUUACCAGUCAGCCAUCAGCCAGUCUCCGCAAACCAGCUCCAAACAGGACUCCUGGAACAGCCUGGUCUUAGCUGAAAACCAUGGGGACAUCAUAACUGCAUAACCUGGUCUUCCACCCAGAGACUUCAGGCUGACCGGCUUGAGAGACGACGAAGAUGCCACGUAAUAAUCAAGUCAAUGUUGUUUCCCACCUCCCCUGCUCUCCUGCCUUCUCUCCCCUUUCGAGAUGUUCCAGCAAAGAGGUAAAAAGGACUUACUCGAGGUGUAGGAGAGCUCUUACAAAAGAAACCAAGACUCAAAUCUCAAAGUAACUGAUGGAUUUGAAGCCUUUCCCCCCCUUUCAACAAGCUUCUCUUUAUUAGAUUGUCACCACCGUCUACGAAAUAGCCAGAAACACAAAGAUGGACAAAGCUUUGGGGUUUUAUUUAAAAACAUUUGCCAUCUGAGACUUAGACGAUGGUGGCACAGUGACAUUUUUUUUUUUCUUCUGUCACCAUCCAUUUGUUUCCCGACCAGAGGAAAGGCCGUCAUCUUCUCAUGACCAAAAUUCAGUGAUCUUCCACCAAAUGGAGCCAGAUCCAGAACAGUUUGGUGAAGAGUGUUCAGGAGACAUGUUGUGGUGUCUUUAGUGGAUUUGAUGUGA